AUCCCGGGGCUGUUUUGGGGGUGGUCCCGGGGGUGUUUCGGGCUGACCCCGGGGGUCCCGGCAGGGAGAUGCGCUGGAACAAGGGCACGAUCCUGAAGGCCUCGGUGGAUUACAUCCGCAAGCUGCAGAAGGAGACGCAGCGAGCGCGGGAGCUGGAGCUGCAGCAGCAGCGCCUGGAGCAGCAGAACCGCAGCCUGCAGCUCAGAGUGCAGGAACUGGAGCUCCAAGCCCAAAUCCACGGGCUGCCCCUGAACCCCCCCGUGGCCGAGGGGGGCUGCGAGGAGCCCUCGGGGGGGGGUCCCCCGUUCCCGCCCCCCACCCCGCAGUGCCUGCUGGAGCUGCCCCCGGGGCUGGCGCUGCCCCUGGCGCUGGGGGGCCCCGAGGGGACCCUCGAGGACAUCCUGAUGGACGAUGGCGGGGGGCUGUCCCCGCUCGGCCCCCCCGGCGCCCUCCUGGCCUCGCCGGGCCCCUCAAGGGCCUCCAGCCCCCGCAGCAGCCUCAGCAUGGAGGACGAGCCCUGAGAAGAGCCCGGCCCUGGGGGGGAUUUUUAGGACCCCUCCCCAUCUUUUCGGGACCCCCGCCCUCCCUGAGGUGUUCUGGGUGGGCCCCACCGGGCGCCGUUUGAAGAGUUUUAAAGUGGGCGGGCGCUUUGUAAUGGAGGCCCCGCCUCCUUAAGGGGUGUUGCCCUUUUAAGG